CUAAGGUGCUUAUCCCAAGCGAGGUCUGUGUUUCAAGGAGACCUUCCAUUUAUUCUCAUUUCAGCCUCCAGCCACUGCAAAUGCCCGGCAGCAGCAAUUCCCUGCUGCAAUUCUUGGCUCCGAACUGGAAAGUUUCGGCAGGCGAAUAGUUAAGGGCAGGCGGAGGAAGAGGAGGAGGAGGAGGAGGAGGAAGAGGAGGAGGCGGGUUCCCAGUUUUCCCAGCCAGCGGGCUCAGCUGUCACAGCCCAGGGGCACAGGUUAAAGGCUCGGGGGCACAGCAGUUAUUCCUGCUCCUCGGCAAUACUCCUCCUCCGCAUCCACCCGUCUGAUUCCAGCCCUUUCCAGGCUGCCUCGGCCGGAGAAGUUUCCCCGCUUCCUGAAGCUACCGAGAAUUCCUGCGGGAUAAAUAUGCUAAACAUUGCAGGGAAGGCGGGGUGAAAACAUUCCCGUUUAAUGGUUAACUGGGAUCGGGAUGAGGGACACCGGCUCCUGCUGAAGGACAAUGAGACCCUGGAUUUAUCUUUAUUAUGCUGCCGUCUCCUGGCUAAUUCUGGACGAGUGGCAUCCCUGUUCUCCUGCUUUCUGCACAGCAUCGAAAGGUUGACACGGACUGGAUUUGCUGCAGCUUUUUGUUCAGAUGGAUGGAACGCUCCCAUCAAGGAAUUUUGAUACCAAAUGCUUCAAGGACAAAGACUUCAUGUAAUUGCUGUGGGAUUCAGGACUGCUGCACUCUCAUUCUUCUGACUGUUCCACAAGAUGAUCUGAAUGUUUAAGUGGACUAUGAUAAGAAGACAGGAUCUGGAAAUAAAAGAUGAACCCACUUCAUGCAAAGAAAUCAAGAUUUUUAGUGUGCGUUGCUGUCUGUACAUUCAUCUACACCUUCUUCUACCUAAAGGUUCCACUUUAUGAAGAGCCAAAUGACCAAAAAUUCCAAGUCAAAAAAGCGGAGUGUGGUUUUUACCCAGAUGAACUUUGCUCAGCUCUUUUUGUGGGGAAACCUGCAGCCUUUAGAAUUGGAAACUUUUGUCAGAAGUCCUACCAGUCCAAACCACUCAGCUGCAUUCACACUUCCUGCAGCUGCUCCACAGUCCUGAAGACUCUGCAUUUUAUCACCAGACCCCUGUCAGAUGAAGAAGGAAAUUUCUCCUUGGCGUACAUUAUUACAAUUCACAAGGAGCUGGAAAUGUUUGUGAGGCUGCUAAGAGCUAUUUAUAUGCCUCAGAAUAUUUACUGCAUCCAUAUUGAUGAAAAGUCACCCAGAGAUUAUAAAACUGCUGUACAGAACAUUGUUAACUGCUUCGAAAAUAUUUUUAUUUCCUCAAAAAGAGAACAUGUUGUUUAUGCAGGGUUUUCAAGAUUACAAGCUGAUAUUAACUGCAUGAGAGACCUCGUUAACUCCAAAGUUCAGUGGAAUUACGUUAUUAACCUGUGUGGUCAAGAUUACCCCCUGAAAACAAAUAAAGAAAUUAUACAAUACAUAAAAAGUAAGUGGAAUGGUAAAAAUAUCACUCCUGGGAUAGUCCAACCACUUCACAUAAAACACAGGACAGAGGUCAGCUACAGGGAAUACAUCCAUUCUGGAGUGCCAUACGUGUAUCCAGCAAAGAUCAGGAAAGCUCAACCUCCUCAUAACCUGACAAUAUAUUUUGGCAGUGCCUAUUACAUCCUCACUAAAGACUUUGUGGAGUUCACACUGAGUGAUGCCCGGGCAAAAGCUCUGCUGGAGUGGUCAAGGGACACCUACAGCCCUGAUGAGCACUACUGGGUCACCCUCAAUCGUUUACCUGAUGCUCCAGGGGCUACACCCAAUGCAGGCUGGCAAGGAGACCUAAGAGCCAUUAAAUGGAAAGAUCAAGAAGGAGCCUCACACAAGGGCUGCAAAGGUCAUUACGUCAGAGACAUCUGCAUCUACGGCCUGGGGGACCUGCAGUGGAUUAUUGAGUCCCCUCAUUUGUUUGCCAACAAAUUCGAGCCUGCACGGAACCCGCUGGCGAUGGAGUGCCUGGAGAGGCGGCUGCGGCUCAAGGCGCUGCGCCAGGCUCAGGCGCCCAUCGAGGAGCACUGGCGCCUGCAGGAGCACAGCCACUUCAACAUGCAGCUGGAUGGGGGAGCUUAACCCACUCCCAAACUUAAAUGUGCAGCAUCCUGGCAGAAAACACGGACAUUUAUAGCCACAGGCUUCACUCGAAGGGUAAAGCACAGUGCUGUACUCCCAGAGAAAUAAACAGGUUUUCUUUAUUCCAGUAGCGAUGGGUUCAUUCCCAAAGAAUGUCUGAAUCUAUGCUGAAGACCAGGGGGGAAGUUCAUAAUCCAUUAAAUGACUUCUUUAGCUGGAAAAGUCAAUGUUCCUCAUGUUCACAGCCAAAGCAUGACUAACUGGCAUGAAAGUAAUAAAAUGGAAGCAGUGACUGAACAAAGACAAAAUAUGGAGAAAUAACAAAUUAAAGUCACGGCCAGUGAA